AUGACUCAGAAAUACAUCAACAACCCGCCUGUAAGACCCUCCCCUCCAGUUAUCUGUGCUGCCAGCCUGCCUCUACGGCCGGAGAGCAGCUGCAGCACCGAUGGAGAAGAAGCAAGGAUCUGCUCAUCAGUAUGGUUCACUGGAGCGUACAGCAUGGAGCAGAGAUGCCAAACAAACAGGAUGGAUGAUAUUCAGCUGUGUAAAGAGAUUACUCGUCUGAAGAAGGAGCUUCACAAAUUAGUGUCUAUACCAGAUAAGGAGAAGUCCAACGAAGAUCGACAGAGGGAAGAAGAACUGUUGCAGCAGAUUCACAAACUAGUGGAGACCAGAGAUUUCUUAGUGGACGACGUGGAGUUUGAACGCCUCAGGGAAAAAGAAGAAGAUAAAGAAAUGGCCGACUUCUUAAAGUCCAGAUUACCGAGAAAUAUGAAGAAAGCAGGUAUAUAA